AUGCUUACUGAAAAAUGCAGUGCUAUACUUCAAAAUAAGCUACCACAAAAACUUGGUAAUCCUGGUAGUUUUACCAUUCCAUGCACUUUGGGAGGUGUAUAUUUUGAAAAGGCACUUUGCGAUUCUGGAGCUUCAAUAAAUUUGAUGCCAUUUUCUAUCUUUAGAAAAUUGGAUCUUGGUGAAAUGAAAGAUAUAGGUGUUUCUCUUCAGUUUGCAGAUCAAAGUACCAAAAAACCUAAGGGAAUAAUUGAAAAUGUGCUUGUAAGAGUAGAUAAGUUUGUGUUCCCUGUAGAUUUUAUAGUGCUUGAAAUGAAAGAAUGUCCUGAUGAACCGAUAAUUUUGGGUAGACCAUUUCUUGCUACAGGAAGAGCAAUCAUAGAUGUUCAUCAAGGUGAUCUUGCAGAUGAAUUCAAAGAUGAUCAAUUAAUUUCAGACUCAAUGGAAAGAUGUUUGACCAAAUCAGGCACCGCACAAGAUGAUGAUCCCACAAUUAGGAGAGAAGCUCAAAUACUGGAAAAAGAUUCUGAGGAUAACGAGAUGCAAUCAGAAGAAGUUCAACCAAAAAUUGAACUCAAAGUUCUUCCUUCUAAUUUAAAAUAUGUUUAUCUUGAGCAAGAAUUAUUUCUAGUAAUUAUUUCAUCUUCCUUGAAGAAGAAAGACUAA